UUAUUAUCGUACCGGUUAUUAGUAUCUUUUUCUUUUUUUUUUUUAUUCUUUCUUUCCAAAGGAGAAGGACGAUGCACUGCCCGUGGCAAAAUGUCAUGAACGUGCUCACACCGCGACGGUAGCCUUUUGUUUGCUAUUUAUAGAAAAAGCAUAUCAUCAUGAAACGCAGAACGGUUUUAUGCACCUCUAAAUAAUAGGAUUAAUCUAAAAGCAAUCAUGUAUUAUUAUCUGGUAAUAACAUAAGUUUAUCUAAUACCUCUUUACUCGUAAAUGCCAAAAUGAUGAAUAAUACCAGUAUGGAACUUAACAAUGUUGGUGGCAGCAAAAGUUCUGUGUAUUUAGUAAUAUCUUUUAAAAAAUUAUGUAUGUUCACCGUUUGCCUACCAUUGUUCUCCUUGCUAUUUUGUUUUGUCACAGCAUAUAUUUUUCAACAGGAUGACAUUCAUGAAACACAUUGCAGGGUUUACAAUGUCCUACCAUCGAUUUCUGCUAUUACUGGUGUAUCUCCUCAACGAUAUUUAUGGCGUAUUAGCAUAGCAUUGCAUAUUGGACCUCGUUUAGUUAUCGCCAGUGUAUAUCACUCGUAUUAUUAUAAAAUACUCAAAUCCUUGGAAGAUGUACCUAGCAGAAUUGUGGGAUGCAGACUAUUAAAUUUAUGCUAUUGGUUAAACAUUGCUGAGGUAGCUGCCUUAAGCGGCGUUACAUAUAUCUCAAACAGAGAGAAUUAUCCUGUACAUGAAAAGAUUUUUAUCGUGUUCAUGAUCAGCUCUCUUACAUAUAUGUUGACAACGGUAAGAUUAGGCCGUCUUGUUACUCCUAAUGCACAAAGUCUUCAGUACAAGCAAGCGUUAUUUGUUACAAGCAUGAUCAGUACAGUGGGACUCAUUAUCUUCUUUUUAAAACAUCGACUCUUAUGUCACGACUUGGCAUUUAGCUGGUUCUCACUAUGUGAAUAUGUGAUAGCCUCAGCGAAUAUGGGAUUUCAUUUUACAGUAAUCCUAGACUUUCCGAAAGAACAACUGGUUGUUGGUUAUGGAUUACCUGCCACAAAAGUGGAUUAAUUUUAUAGAAUAAUUUAUAAUUUUGAUUCUUAUCUUAAAGUGUCUACUGCCAUUACCUGAAAGUGCUAUAGCUUAUUAUUAUUAUUUUUUAAUCAAGAAAAUUAAAUGAAAAUUUUAAUAUUUUUUAAGAUGUACAAAGUAAUCUGUUAAAAUUUAUUAUUGUUCUUAUUUAUAUCAUUGUAUUAUAUUUAACGAGUUAAAUUUAAAUUAUUUCAAUUUUUAUAUUUUAAUUAUCAUUAUUGUUUUUUGAAGUACAAAAAAAAUUGUUUAAUUAUACAAAAUUAAAUCUUAGAUAUAAUUUCUAUUAACAUAAGUUGAAAGAAAGAAAUAUAGCACUUUCAAAGUACGGCACUGGUGACUUGUCGAUGAAUCUUCUAAUGGCCUUCCAAUAACAAUUAUUAAUUAGUGAAGAAAAACAUCGUAGUGACUAUAAUUAAAGAAGUUGUAUUACAUAUAAACAGCACGUAUAGUAUGUAGUAAAGUAAGAUCAGAAAUUAGCACACAUAAAUUGAAGUUUUUUCACAAGAAAAAGGUCCAUCGUCGUACGUAACGAGGAGAAAAUAAAAAGAUACAAGGAGCAAAUAAUAAACGAGAGAAAAAAAAAGAAGAAAUAAGAGAAAAAGUUUGUUUGGAAGAGAAUUUAAAAAGUUUAUCUUUGUAGAGAAUUUUUUGAAAGUGGUGAUUCUAGUCGAUCGCAUAAAGUCUAGUCGCUACGUUUUUCAAUCGCUUUAUAUAAAGUAGAGAAAACAUUAUUUUGUAUGUUCAAAUUCGUUGUUAAGAGACAUAUAUAGAGAGGAAGAAAGAAAGAAAAAAAAAGAAGGAAAGAGAUAAAUGCAUUUAUGUCGAUGUAAUGUAGAUCUAUGAAAAUUGACGAUUCAUCAAAUGAACGUGCAAUGAGAAAAAGAUCUUAAGUAUAAUAUUAUCUGAUAAAAUAUCUUCUAAUUAAUAUCUUGUUGGAGGAGAAAGAGCAUCGAUGCUAGUUGGUAUGUAAUACGUGUAGGAAACAGGGCUUAUAAGUUUAGAUUUUAAGAUAACCGAAUGAUUUCUGUGAGAUCUAUUUACGAGACUAAUUAUUAUUAAAAUAUGAGAAGUAACCGUCAUACGAGAAGCUUAGGAUGUAGUUCCUAUGUUUUUAACUCUAGCACAUAAAUAUUUAUAAUUCAUAUAUAUGUACAUGUAUAUAUAUAUAUAUAUACAUACAUAGUAUUCGAUAUUUCAGUAGAAUCGUAAACGUUUUAACGAUUAUUAAGACAUUUAUUUGAGAAGAGUAUGCUCAAAGAGGAAUCGCAAAAGAGGCAACAAAAUAAUUUAAAUGAUUCUGCGAUCCCUCGUUGUAUAAUCUGACCAAGGGAUGAAAUUUGAAACGAUGUUUGUAACAAUCACUUGUUUAUGUGGGUUAAACUUUUCGAAUCAAGAGAACCCUGUUAAAUAACAAAAAUGUUCUCUCGUUACAUAUAAGAUAUUAGUAUAUUCCUCAAGCACAAGAAUUUUAUAGAACAAUAGUAUUGCAUAUAAGCAUUUAGCAAAUGUUAGUUUGAACAAAAUCAACUCUUACUUACAUAUAUACAUAUAUCCAUACAUACAUACAUAUAUAUAUAUAUAUAUGUAUUACUUCAAAAGCUUUCCGUUUGAAAUAUUGAUACGUAUGGUACAUUAAUAUAUUAUAUACUAUAGAUCGUUAUUUACAUUACACAAGUUAGAAAAAACAUCUGUUUUGCACAUUUUUAUACACACGAAUACUAUUUACUCUUUCUCUAUAUAUUUUAAUACGAGAAUCUUUUCUUAGGUUACUUAUCUAAACAAUAAACCACCGACAUGUUCGCCUAUGUAUUUGUAUUAUAUGUGUACAAGCUGGUGAUUAUGAAAGUAAUUUAAAUUAUAAAUUUGUUAAACAUUACGCAAUAAGAUAAUUUUUUACUUCACUUUGUAAAUCAUUGGUUUACAGAUAUAUGCUAUUAAUAAUUAUAUUAUGUGAGCCGAUGAUUACUUUCUUAAUCACUGUUUAAUAUAUAUAUAUAUAUAUAUAUAGAUUCUUUCUAAAAAUUAUAUGCGAUAUGCAAUUAAUUUAUGUUGUCAACAAAAAAAGAAAAGGAAAGAAAAAAAUGUCGAAAGGCUGGCGAAAUGUCGUCAUGGUUAAAUAUUGUCAUUUGUUGAGAGUAAUUUUUUACUCUUUUCAUCGUCAUUAACAUGUAGAAAAUGAGAAAUGAUUAAUGAUCGGUAACCAAUGAUCAUGAUCAGCUUAUUCAAUGUUAUCACAACGUUCCGUCAAUCCGUGCCAAGUGAUGCACUAAAGAUAAUAAUAGUAAUAAUAAUAAUAAUAAUAUAAAUAAUAUAUAAUUAAUAAUAGUAAUAAUAAUCCACAUUUUUGCGCUUCAUAUUGAUAUCAAAUUGUAAAUGCUUGGUAAACUAUUAUCAGUGAUAAGAUCUUUAAUGAAUCACUUGUUUCUCGUGCCUGAUAUCGAACGCUACCAUAUCGAUAAAUAUAUAUACAUACAUACACAUGUAUCACAUAUGCACGUAUAUACAUACAUACAUACAUGAAUAUAUUUACAUACUAAAUUCAACAAGAGCUACCAUACCGAUGUAUAUAGUGAAUCAGAGGAGUUUUCGUAUCUCCAUUGUCAAUUUUAAACAAUUAAAUUCGCUCGUAAUGCAGUAUUUUAAGAUUGACUCAAAGGGGUAAAAAUAUAUGGGAAUAAAAUUAAGAAGUAUAUAUUUAAAAUUAAAAAAACACACAUACAGUUAAUUAACUAAUAAUAUUUAUUUUCUUUUUAAACAAAAUCAAAUCAUUUUAUGUCAAAUUAUAUUUUUCCAACAAUCGAAUGUUCUUAUGCAAUAAAUUCAUAUCAUUUUGAAAGUUUAAAUGAUCUUAAAAUAGAUUUCGUGCGUUAAAAAUAUUGAAACUUUGCAUUACAAGCAAAUAUCAGUUUAAAAUUGACAAUGGGAGAACAGAUACGAAUAUUUCUCUGAGUCAUUGUGCAUAUAUACAUACAACAUGUAAGCACUUAUAUGCACACACAAUUAAAAACGUAUAUUAUACAUAUAUGAAAAUGCAAUUUGCUGCGUGCACCUGGUGUUGUUUAAGAAUUAAAAUAAUUUUGAAUACAUUUUCACACACGACGAGAAAAAUAAUGCACGGAAGGAUUGAAUAGUCAUAUCACAGUGUCAUUCCCUUAGUGUCAGAUUUAAGCUCUCUAUCUCUAAUUAAAUAAAGAAGAAAAAAAAAAGAAAAGGGGAAUUUUUAAACGAUAAAACAAAAGAGAAGUAAGGAGAGAAAUAUUACAAUUAAUUGAAACAGGGUUGUUGAUGUACGAAAUACGAACUUGAUCGACAUCGCGUUAGAGUUUUUUAAUUGUUAAUUAUUAUUUUGCGUGUUUUAAUUAUCAUUACAUAUUAUUAUUAUUAUUAUUAUUAUUAUUAUUAUUAUUAUUAUUAUUAUUAUUAUUAUUAUUACUAUUAUUGUAGAAAAUAUAAUACGCGAUUGAGCUCGCAGAGUAUGACAACACUAUGUUACGUUUAAACAAAGUAAAAGAAAGAAAUUUGGCAUGAUCGAGAUGAUUGACAAAAGAUAAUGAUCGAGUGCCAAGUAAACAGUGAUCGAGAGAUCAGUUAGAUCCUUGACACGAGUGUCAAAAUCUUUAUUUAAUCGAUGUCACUCACUUGGCACGUAGAGUCUGGCAAAAAUUAGGCUGAAUCUCUGUCACGCGUUGAGAAUGAUAAAUAGAUAAAGAUAUAGACAGAAGUAGAGAGUGAGAAAGAAAAAAAGGGAGAGGUAAAUCUAUAAAGAGCAAGUAAGAAAUAGAAAAAAGUGAGAAACUAAGUAUUUCCAAAUAAGCACACACGACUAGAAGGAUCGAAUAUUAUUUUAUUUUAAUAUCCUUUCGUAUUUUUUUAAACAAGAUAGAAAAUGGGGAAAACGAUAGUUCGUUAGCUAAUUGUAAGUAUGCAAAAUGGAACAGAUAGAAUCAUUUUUAAUAUCGUUGGUAAUGAAACGAAUCAUGUUACAAUGUUUUCUUUUUUUUUUCUUUUCUUUUCUUUUUAGUAUUAUUAUAAUAUCUCAUUACAGUAAAUGCAUAUUUAUGCAUGCAUCUUUAAAUGUUGAUUUAGUUUUCUGUUCUUUUUGUUUUGUUUUCUUUUUUUUUUUUUUUUUUUUUUAAAGUUCAAAUCGCGAGUAAAUAGAAUUACGAAUAGAACGAAUUUAUCUCAUUAAAUAAUUUUAGCGUCGUAUAAAUGAAUGCAUGCAAGUAGUGUUCGUAUAUUCAUCAGGAAAAAUAAAAACACACAUCGGUGUUUUGCGAUAAAAAUAAUUCCUUAGGAAAGUAUAAAUGACGAAAGAGAGCAUGCUUAUUAAACACGCACGUAAAAAAUAUAAAGAAUGAACGUGAAAGGUAACGAGGAAGAAUAAACAAAUAAAGUAAAAAAAAAAAAAAAA